AUGCAGUUGGUAACCAAGGGGCACCUUGAAGGCUUUCAUUAUCGCCCCCGCAUUGAUUGGGAACUCCUGGAGCAAUAUCACCAGGGCCUGAUCUGCCUCUCCGGCUGCGCCUCGGCGGAAGUGCCCCGGCUUAUUGUUGACGGCGAUACCGAAGGGGCCCGCCAGAAGGUCCUCCAGUACCGGGAACUGUUCGGGGAUGGUUAUUUCCUGGAACUGCAGCGCCACGAGCAUGUGCCGCAGUUGCCGGCCAUAAACGACGGCCUGACCCGGUUCAGCCAGGAGUUGGGUGUUCCCCUGGUGGUCACCAACGACUCCCACUAUGUCCGACAGCAUGAGGCGCCCUUUCAGGACCUGUACAUCUGCAUCCAGACCAAUACCACGGUCCAAGACGAAAAGCGCUUGCGGAUGGAGGACGACUCGUACUACGUCAAAAGCCCGGAGGAAAUGGAGCGGCUUUUCUCCGACUACCCCCAGGCAUUGGAAAACACCCGGUUGAUCGCGGACAUGUGCCACGUGGAGUUGGGCUUCGGACAAACCCACCUGCCCAAGUACCCAACGCCAGGUGAUGUGCCCGCUGACGAAUACCUUGCCCAGCUUUGUUGGGAAGGCUUCCGACGUCGCUAUCCCCGGCCAACACCCGAGUCCGAGGAGCGGCUUAAGUACGAACUGGAGGUGAUUCGUUAUACCCAGUUCGCCAACUACUUCCUGGUGGUCUGGGACAUCUGCGACUUCGUGCACCGCAACGGCAUAAUGUUUGGCGUUCGGGGCAGCGCGGCAGCCAGCGUGGCCCUCUACUGCCUCGGCAUCACCGACGUCGAUCCCCUGGAAUAUCGCCUGGUGUUUGAGCGGUUCCUUAACCUGGAACGCAAGGAAAUGCCCGAUAUAGACAUGGACUUCCAGGACGACCGGCGGGACGAAGUGCUCCAUUACGUUAUCGACCGAUACGGCAGCGACCGGGUGGCCCAAAUCAUUACUUUUGGCACGAUGGGCGCCAAGGCCGCCCUGCGGGACGUGGGGCGCAGCCUGGGCAUGAGCUACAGCGACGUCGACCGGAUAGCCCGCAUGGUCCCCUUCAAGACUCGUACCAUUCAGGACGCCCUGCGAGUCAAUCCUGAACUGAGCAAUACUUUCGAGUCUGAUACAGCGGUACGCAGCCUGGUGGAAAAUGCCCAGGGACUUGAAGGUAUAGUUCAUCACGUCAGCACCCACGCCGCGGGCGUCCUGAUCGCCGACGAACCCUUGACGGAAACCGUGCCCCUGCAGCGUCCCACACGGGGUGACGAACAAAGUUCGGUGCUCAUGACCCAGUACUCCAUGGACCCGGUGGCCAAGCUGGGCCUGCUCAAAAUGGACUUCCUGGGGCUGACCAACCUGACCAUCCUGGACCGGGCAACAAAGCUGUUGGACGAGACCAGGGGUAUCAAGAUAGACCUCGGGCGCCUGCCGCUGGACGACAAGGAAACGUUUGAAUUGCUUUCCUCGGGCAAGACAACCGACCUCUUCCAAUUGGAAAGCGCCGGGAUGCAGCGCUACAUCAAGGAGUUGAAACCCUCCAACCUGGGUGACAUCUCCGCCAUGAUUGCUCUCUAUCGGCCUGGCCCAAUGGAGCACAUCGACACUUUUAUCGAGGCCAAGCACGGGCGCGCGCCCAUCACCUAUCCCGACCCCAGCCUGAAAGAACUGCUGGACGAGACAUACGGCGUGAUCGUUUACCAGGACCAGGUGCUCCUGAUCCUGCAACGGUUUGCCGGUUAUACGCUGGGCGAGGCGGAUACGGUACGGAAGGCCAUGGGCAAGAAAAUCGCCUCGCUGAUGGCCGAAGAACGUGACCGGUUUAUUGACGGCGCCCAGGGCAAGGGGUUUGAACGCCAACUGGCCAUCCAGGUUUUUGACCUCAUCGAACCCUUCGCCGGCUAUGCCUUCAACAAGGCCCACAGCGUCAGCUAUGCCCUUAUCUCCUACUGGACGGCCUACUUCAAGGCCCACUAUCCCCUGGAGUACAUGUGUUCCGUCCUGAAUUCCCGGCUGGAUAAUACGGACAGAAUCGUCAGCUCCAUCAACGAAUGCUCCAAGCUCCAGAUUCCGGUGUUGCUGCCGGACAUAAACCGGUCCGGCGAGUUCUUUACCAUUGACAAGGAAAGCGGGCCAACACCUUGCCUCCGAUUUGGGCUUGCUGCGAUAAAAACCGUCGGCGAAGGAGCCAUCAGACCGCUGGUUGAGGAACGGAAGGAAGACGGCCCCUUCGAGUCCGUAGACGACUUUUGCCGCCGUGCUGACGUGAGUGGUUUGAACCGUCGGACCUUGGAAAGCCUGGUCAAGGCAGGUGCCUUCGAUAGCCUUGGCUCCAGGGGCGCGGUUUACGGUGCCCUGGACCAGGUUAUGGCAUUCGCCCAACUGGAGACCCGCACUCGCAAUUCCGGACAGACCAGCCUGUUUGGGGGCAUGGAAGAAUCCGACGCCCCCCAAAUGACCGGCAUUUCCCUCACCGGCCUGGAUAUUUCCGCCGAAGAAAAGGCUGCCUGGGAAAAGGAACUGCUGGGGGUGUCGCUCUCCUACAAUCCCCUUAUGGUCUUGGCAACGGCCGAUACUGGCGACGGCAUCAAUUCCAUAGACCAACUCGAUGAAGACAUGCAGGGCCUGACCUACACCCUGCUCGGCCAUGUCGCCACCGUAAACGAACGCUAUACUAAGGAACAGAAGAAAUUCCUGGUGGUUAACUUUGAACUUCUGGGCGGCCAGAUAGAAGUCCUGGUGUGGCCCGAUGUGCUGGAACGCACUGCCGGAAUGUGGGACACUGGGAAACUGCUGCGCACCACCGGGAAACUGCGCCUGCGGGGCGACGGCUACUCUCUGGCCUGUGAUCAGGUUUCGGCCUUUGUGCCUCCUCCUGCCUCGGAAGUAAUGGUCAAUGCCGAAUCCGCAUCGGUGAUGAAGGAAGCCAGGGCCCCCGCCCCCAGCCAGGGCAAUGGUUACUCCGGCAACGGCAAUGGCAAUGGAAGAGAGGCGGCCCAGAACCAGCAGCGAAAGCCGGGUAACGGGACCAAUGGCUCUAACCGUCACCAACCCAAUGGUUCAUACCGUACUUCCUCGGGCAAUGGCAACGGUCACACCGGAAAUGGUCGCGGCUAUGGAGCCAAUGGCGAGGCUGGCGCAACUACCGUAAGCAUCGCCAACACCCGCACGGUUUUUGUCGGCAUCAUGGAAUCCGAUGAUCCCAUAGAAGAUGCCCACCUGCUACGCGAAGUUAUCUCACUUCUGUUGGAGUAUCCGGGCAAGGACCGGGUCAACUUGGAGAUCCACACCGGUGGCAGAAGGGUUGUGUUGGACUUGCCUGUUGUCAGCACCGGCUAUUGCGAAGAAAUGCGGGGCCGUCUGGAAGAAUUGCUGGGCUCCAACUCCGUGCUAUUGCAGGGCGCUGAAGGGCCGGACGUGGACGACGUUCCUUUCUAA